AAAAUAGAUGUCGCUACCAUUGACCGGCAUAACGGGUGUAGUUUUUCUAGAACGACCGAAAUACAUCUAAAAUCAUCCAAAGAACUAAAAGUUAAAUUCAAAAACGAAUCAUGGCUUCCCUCCCAGGAAGUAUCGCCUUUGAUGAAUACGGUAGACCUUUUAUAAUCAUUAGGGACCAAGACAAGCAAAAACGUUUGACAGGAGCCGAUGCCCUCAAGUCCCAUAUUAUGGCCGCAAAACAAAUCGCAGGCACCAUCAAAACGUCAUUGGGCCCCAAAGGAUUAGACAAAAUGAUGGUGUCACCUGACGGUGAUGUAACUGUAACCAACGACGGUGCCACCAUUUUAAAAAUGAUGGAUGUCGAACACGAAGUUGGUAAAUUACUCGUUCAAUUGUCCCAAUCGCAAGAUGACGAAAUCGGUGAUGGAACAACUGGCGUUGUGGUCUUAGCUGGAGCCCUUUUAGAGCAAGCUGGGGCUUUAUUAGAUCGUGGUAUUCACCCAAUAAGAAUAGCGGAUGGUUUUGAAUUAGCAGCUCAAAAAGCUGUGGAGCACCUAGAUAAAAUUGCUGAACUCUUUCCGGUAGCUGAAGAUAACCUUGAACCUCUCAUAAAAGUAGCUAUGACCACGUUGGGAUCAAAAAUCAUUAACAAAUGUCAUCGCCAAAUGGCUGAAAUUGCUGUUAAAGCCGUACUACAAGUUGCUAAUUUAGAAACAAGGGAUGUUAACUUUGAACUGAUUAAAGUUGAGGGAAAAGUUGGGGGUCGAUUAGAAGACACUGUUUUGGUUAAAGGGGUUGUGAUCGAUAAAACAAUGAGUCACCCCCAAAUGCCUAAAGAAUUAAAAGAUGUUAAAAUCGCAAUUUUAACUUGUCCCUUUGAACCACCAAAACCAAAAACUAAACAUAAGUUAGAUGUAACUAGCACUGAAGAUUAUAAGGAGUUAAGGAAAUAUGAACAAGAGAAAUUUAAUGAAAUGGUUACUCAAGUUAAAAAUGCAGGGACAACUUUGGCUAUUUGCCAAUGGGGUUUCGACGAUGAAGCUAAUCAUUUGUUGUUACAACAAAAGUUACCGGCGGUUCGAUGGGUUGGAGGUCCUGAGAUUGAAUUAAUCGCUAUUGCAACCGGUGGACGAAUCGUACCUCGUUUUGAAGAACUUACACCGGAUAAAUUAGGAAAAGCCGGUCUUGUUCGUGAAUUAUCUUUCGGUACAACCAAAGAUAAAAUGUUGGUUAUCGAAGAAUGUUCGAAUUCGCGUGCCGUUACUAUUUUAGUACGCGGUGGUAACGCAAUGUUAGUCGCUGAAGCUAAAAGAAGCUUACACGAUGCUUUAUGCGUUAUUAGAAGUCUCAUCCAAGAACCUCGUAUUGUCUAUGGAGGAGGAGCCUCUGAAAUUGCUUGUAGUUUAUACGUAGCGGCUCAAGCUGACUUGUUAGCUUCGUUAGAACAAUACGCUUUUCGAGCAUUCGCCGAAGCUUUAGAAAGCAUUCCUUUGGCGUUAGCCGAAAAUAGCGGAUUAAGCGCUAUUCACGCUUUAGCCGAAGUUAAAGCUAAACAAGCGGGAACCGGCGAUUCUGCUUUGGGAAUUGAUUGCAUGCAAACUGGGAAUGUUAAUAUGAGAGAUCAACACGUUAUAGAAUCUCUUAAAUCGAAGAGGCAACAAAUUAAGCUUGCUACUCAAUUGGUUAAAAUGAUUCUUAAGAUUGAUGAUGUUCGUUCUGCACAGGAAUCACAAUGAAUUUAGGAUUCAUACUUAACUUUGCUUUAUAAUUAAAUUAAAAAAAAAAAUAAUCGCUUUUCACACGUAUUGUCAUAUAUGUCAUUAAUUGUAAUAAUCUAUCGUUUUUCCGAUAUUAUUUAAUUUCGAAUAAAAUGAUUUAACAUGA